AUGUACUGUACGCUGCGCAAAACGCCCCGCGCGCGGGCAGCGCGCGUCGCGGCGGCGGCCGCUCACGAACGUGGACGCGUCUUCGCCGCGCCCACGUUGCGACUCAUCGAGUCCCCGCGUUCCCGCGCGACCGAGCAAGCCGCGCGUGCGCGGGGGCGUAUGAUCGAUUCGUUUCGACAGCGCGGCAGUGUGUCUCAACCGACCCGAAGACGUGCUCGCGCGAUUCCUUUUUUCCAGCCAACCGCCGCGUUCAGGCACCGAGAACGCGCGAAUUUUGACAGAAAUCCGUGUGGUGCUGUCGCUUCGUCUCACGCAUCGCAGUGUUUCCCACAAGUCAUCUCACUAUGGCGACGAUGUUCGAGGUCUCGCGGCGACGUGAGCGGCGGUUGAAGCGCAGAGAGGGGGGGUUGCGCUUGGUAACGAAAGAAAAAAUGAUCUUCCAGUCAUGGCCAUGCUACAGUCUAACAGUAGCCCUGCCCUGGACGCAAACGACGGAUCUGUGCGCCGGGACGGCCUGAUUCAGCGCCCCAGGUGUAUAAAACUCGCCGGACAGAUCGGUUACACUAUAUAGUCGAUGUUUUCUUUGACGCUCCGGUCGCAACCGCGGCGCGCGCCUCUAUGACUGCCCUCCCGCCGCGCGGCAGUUAAAAGGAUGAGCUCAUCCUUUUAAAAACGUACUACGCUCUGACUAUUUUCUCAUACGCUCAUCCUUUUAUGCUUUCUAUCUAUCCUUUCGUGAUAGCCACUACGUGUAGUGUACACGAACGCCCUCCACACUCUCUGCUUUGGCCUCGCCGGCGACAACUUUACCCCCCUGCUGAGAACAGAGUGUACACUGUACAGCGUACAGUUAUAAGAUAGGAACACUGUAAUAAGGCAGUGUAACUGUAGUA